CCGGUGGUGCAGGUGGAGGCAGCGCGGAGCGGAGUGGCGGCCCCGCCCCGUGAUGGAUUUUGGUGCUUCGCCUGUGUGGUUGGCCUGGCUCUCUCAUCUCUGGCAUCAUCAUGACAACAGAAAAGAGCCCAUCAGCCGACACUGACAACUCAGAGCAGCAGCAAGCCAAGGAAGAGGAAGGAGCUGCCAAAACACAGAAGCAAGAGGCUUCCCUGGAGGAAGGGGCUCAGCCAACACCAGAGAGGCAGCCCCAGAGGCAGAAGGCCUCCAACGGAGACACCCCCACGCACGAGGAGCAGGGCAAGAGAGAACGUCGCGCCUCUGAAGGCCGAGGUCUCUCCCGCCUCUUCUCCUCCUUCCUCAGGAGGCCCAAGUCUCAGGUAUCCGAAGAGGACAAAGACACUGAUGCUCCUAAAGAGGUGGCAGGUGACCAGAAAGAUGCAGGAUUAGGAGCCAGCCCUGAUGAAGAUGUCCUGGUGAAAGCCCCGAUUGCAGCUCCUGAACCUGAGCUCAAAACUGACCCAUCACUGGAUCUCCAUUCCUUGAGCAGUGCAGAAACACAGCCUGCUCAGGAAGAGAGGAGGGACGACCAGGAGCUUUUGGGAAGAGACCUCGAGGGCAGGGAAGAAGGGGAAGCAAAGGAAGAGGGUGCCAAGCCAGAACAGAAGCCAGAGUCUCUGGAGACUAAAGAAGACAAGGAUUUGAAAGCUGCCCAAAAAGCAGUGAAAAGACACAGAAACAUGUACUGCAAAGUUGUCUUGCUGGAUGACACCAUUUUUGAGUGUUCUGUGGAUAAACACACCAAGGGACAGGAUCUACUUAAAAAAGUCUGUGACCACCUCAAUCUACUGGAAGAAGACUACUUCGGUUUGGCCACAUGGGACACACCAACCUCCAGGACAUGGCUGGAUCCUGCCAAAGAAAUAAAAAAGCAGGUUCAUGGAGGCCCCUGGGAUUUUACCUUCAAUGUCAAGUUUUAUCCGCCAGAUCCUGCCCAGCUAACAGAGGACAUCACCAGGUAUUACCUGUGUCUGCAGCUUAGACAGGACAUCCUUACAGGGCGGCUGCCCUGCUCCUUUGCCACCUUGGCUCUGUUGGGUUCCUACACUGUCCAGUCAGAGUUGGGAGACUAUGAUCCUGAUCUCCAUGGCCCAGAUUACAUCAGUGAAUUCAAAGUGGCCCCAAACCAGACAAAAGAGCUUGAAGAAAAGGUUGUGGAGCUUCAUAAAACAUACAGAUCCAUGACUCCAGCCCAAGCAGACCUGGAAUUUCUUGAGAAUGCAAAAAAGCUGUCUAUGUAUGGAGUCGACCUUCACCAAGCCAAGGACUUGGAAGGAGUGGAUAUCACUCUGGGAGUCUGUUCCAGUGGCCUUCUUGUUUACAAAGAUAAACUGAGAAUCAACCGCUUCCCAUGGCCCAAAGUCCUGAAGAUUUCCUACAAACGCAGCAGCUUCUUCAUAAAGAUUCGGCCGGGGGAGCAAGAACAGUAUGAAAGUACAAUUGGGUUCAAGCUACCAAGUUAUCGGGCAGCAAAGAAGCUCUGGAAAGUAUGUGUUGAACAUCACACCUUCUUCAGGCUGACUUCCACUGAGGCCAUCCCGAAGAGCAGGUUCCUGGCACUGGGCUCCAAGUUCCGCUACAGCGGCCGGACGCAGGCGCAGACGAGGCAGGCGAGCGCCCUGAUUGACCGACCUGCUCCCCAGUUCGAGCGCACGGCCAGCAAGAGAGCGUCCAGGAGUCUUGAUGGAGCUAAACGUGCGACUCAAAAGGUUGAGUUCAGAACCAUAGAGGAAGAGAAGCAGAAGGAGGUGGUGGUGGUUGAGGUCCCUGAACCAAAACCUGUGGAUCAGAUCCAAGAGAAGCCAGCCAAACACACUCUUGAAACUUUUGAAAUGAAACCCAUUGCAGAGGAGGAAGAGGAGGAGGAGAAGGUAGAGGUCGUUAAGGUUCCUGUUGUCAAGCCAAAGUCAGUGGAGCUGGUGCAGCUGCGGUCAGCCAAACGUGAUCUUGGCAGUAUUGAGAUAAGCCCAAUUGAAGAGGAGGAGGAGGAGGAGGAGGAAGAGAAAAUUAUGGUGGUGAGAGAACUAGAGCCGUUGCCGAAGGAGUCAGCAGUGGCUGUGAUAACCCCAGAGCGGAGUCCCCGGCCUACCUCAGCCCCAGCCAUCGCUCAGAGCCACCCUGCAGAGCCAGCCCCAGCUAAGUCCAAUGUGAAGGACGUGGCCUCAUCUAAAGUAGGGAAGGAAACAGCAAAAUCUGAUGUAAGACGUGAAGAAUUUCCACUAGAGAAACCCAAGGAGCCAGUGGAUGCCUCAAAGGUGAGGAAAACACACAUUGAGGUCAGAGUCCCCACCACGAAUGGUGCCCAGCCCCAGCAGCAGCCUGCAGAAAAAGAGGAAGAGCUGAUAAGAAUGAGGAAGAAGAGAUCAAAGAGGCUAGAUGGUGAAAACAUUUAUAUCAGGCAUAGCAAUUUAAUGUUGGAGGAUCUAGAUAAGACCCAGGAAGAAAUAAAGAAACACCAUGCCAACAUCAGUGAGCUGAAGAAGAACUUCAUGGAGUCCGUCCCAGAGCCUCGGCCGAGUGAGUGGGACAAACGUUUGUCCACCCACUCCCCUUUCCGCAGCCUCAACGUCAACGGACAGAUUCCCACGGGAGCGGACGGAGUCAAGAAAGUCACUGUCCCAUCUUCUGAGAGACAGAAAAUGAGUGACUUUCUCUCCCAAGAGGAUGUGGCUGCAGUGGCAGAGUGGAGCAGUUUUAACACUGGCUUUGCGAGGGAGGGCUCAAGGCAGUCAGUAGUUUUUAGUGAGACUCCAGUGCCACCCGCUUCACAGCCUUCUGCCAGCUGGCAUUUUGGUGCUUCCUCCCUAAGCAGCGAGGAGGAGGAGAAAGAGGAGGAGGAGCAGGAGGAGGCAGUUCCCAGCCAAUCCGCCAGCGAGGAGGACCUGACAUGUGGAAAGGGGGUUUGUGUGGAUGUGGAGAAGGACUCGGAGCUCUCUGAGCUGGAGCCCCCCCCAAGCCCUGCCACACUUCUCCGGCAGCCCUGGGGAGGAGAGGAGGAGGAGGUGGCAGAGGAUGGUGAAGACAGCUUUGCCUUUAGAAAGCCACAUGGUGAAUGUCCCAACCCAGAUGCUCCUAACAGGCUGCUGGAGCUCAUUCGCUGCUUCCAGCCCCCGCUUGUGAAGACACAGACUGUCACCAUUUCCGACGUGUCCAGCGCUGUCAAAAGUGAAAUUCCCACAAAGGAAGUCCCUAUUGUCCACACAGAGACAAAGACCAUCACCUACGAAGCUGCACAGACAGAUGGUGGCAAUGGGGAUUUAGACCCUGGCAUCCUGCUGACUGCCCAGACCAUCACUUCAGAAACCACCAGCAGCACCACCACCACCCAGAUCACCAAGACUGUGAAAGGUGGCAUUUCAGAGACACGGAUUGAGAAGAGGAUUGUCAUCACGGGAGAUGCAGAUGUAGACCAUGACCAGGUCCUGGCACAGGCGAUCAAGGCUGCUAAGGAGCAGCACCCAGACAUGUCGGUGACCAAAGUGGUUGUGCAUCAGGAGACAGAGAUUGCAGAGGAAUAGUUGGGCUAUGAAACGUUCCUGCCCACGACAAAACCAGGAAAAAGAAACCCAGCAAAACUACCAAGAAACUACCUGGAGCACAAAGACCUCGGAUUUCAGACUUGACACUCAGAGACAUUCUUAUCAUUUAUUAAGAUUUGCGCUUUGACAUUUUACUUGAGAUUUUCCCAGAGUCCACUAGAUCCUAUUGGAUAUAGGGUUUUGUUUUGUUGGGUUUUUUUAUAUCUAUUGCAACAGAAAUAUGCCAUAUUUCUAACUUCUAAAAUAUUUCUAGUAUUUUUUACAGGUUUUUCAGUUUUGCAUUCCCUCUCAUGCAAAGCUUCUUCAGACACAGAAUCUCACCUCACAGGGCUCCAGGGCUCCCUGUUUUAACUUGUAUUCCCUCUGCCUCGUCAGGGAUAACGGAGCUGUUCUGUGCAUAUUCCCAGUGCGGGCUCUGUAUGCGCAUUUACAAAGCCAUGGGUCCUUCUUCCAGGAGAGUCAGUUUAAAGAGUCAGACUUUGUGCAGCAUUUCCAAUUGCCUCUAGAUUAUUUUUGUAGCUCUGGGGAGCUCCAGCCCUGCUGCGACCCCUGGGCUGCUCUGAGCUCCCUCCCCACUGGGUUCCAGCCCUGACGUGUGAUCACAGUAGGGUUUUGUGGUGUAGCCUAUGCACACAUCUGAAUAGUUGACUAGAUUUAAGGAAUACUGGAAGUUGCUUCAAGUAUCUUAUACUGUGAAUUUUAGAGCUUUAAGAGGAUAGCAUCUCGCCUUCUUCCCGUGUGUCUCUGCUGAGUGCUCCCCAUCUGUUGGUGUUUUCUAGAUGCCAUUAAAUUAAAAAGCCCUUAGAAGUGUGUGUUUAAGGUGUUUGGACUCGGGAUGCUAUUAAGAUAGGCUUGUGCAGCAUUCACAGUAACUGAGCUUUUCAAUGUCAUAGUUUUUCACUUGUUUGUGUUCAUGAUUUUUAAAUUAGGGAGGAGUUUUUGGGUUUUUUUUUUGUAAGUCAUGGGUUGGGUUUUUUUCCUCCCCUCACAGUGCUGUUUAGAGGUGAACACAUUACCUGUUUCUCAGAGCGUGUAUCCUACUAGCAUUUAAUUUAAAUUCCUUUAGACAAUCGUUCCUAGGCCUGUAAGCUGUAUUUGGAGAGGCUGAACAAGGAAUUUUAGGUGUCAGGUGUUGCUGGUUGUGAUAGAGCCAAACCACAUGGGAAGUGUUGACAUUCCCUCUUCCACACUGGCCUGUGGGUCUGGAUUUGGCUUCAUGACCCCCUUGCUGGAAUGAAAUAUCAGGGUGUUUGUCUGAAUCUUGAGGCUGAGCUUACAGACCCCCAGGGCCAUCUCCAGCACAGAGGGGGUGAUGCAAAAACAUGAUUUCAGGGGCUGGAUGUGCUCCCAUUUCUGCUCUCUAAGCUUCAUGGGAAUGUUCUUGCCUGGUUUGUCCUUCCACCAUUUAAAUUCAAGAAGCAAAAAACCAACCAAGCUCUCUAAAGAGUCUGCCCAGACACUUGUGAACACUUUAGUCCACUUGAGGUUGUGAUUCUUUUUUUUCCAUGUAUAAAUAUUACAUACAUAUAUAUAUUUAUAUAUAUAUAUAGUGUGGCACAGUGGUAGCUGAAGGCAAGGAGUGCUCUGCUCCUCAGGUGAGGAUGGGAAAAAAGGUGGCAAUAAAGAGAAAAGCUCUCCAGUUUUAAAUUUGAAUCAUGUAUUUCAGAAGUCACUGGAUUUCACUCAGGCUGCAAUGACUCCGCUGUUUAGCUGCAGCCAGCCCUGGACCUACACUGGGGCUGGUGCAGCUUCUCAGCUUCAGGUGCAAUUUGAAUUAAUCUGACAGUAUUGAUUGGAGACUCUGCUGGAGCUGCUGGAUUUUGGCUGUCUUUGAGCCUUGCUGGCCCUGGGUCCUGCUCAACCUCCAGCCUUCCCAUGCCAGCAACUGCCUCUGGGCUGCUCUGGUGCAGGUUUCCCUCCCAGGAUGCUCUGCCUCCCUCAGGGCAUCGUGCUCUGGGGAUUUAGGGAGUCCUGGGCUAUAGUGCAGAAUUUAAGUCUUCCUAUCCAUGUGUGAAAAGCCUUUUCCUUCCUUAUUCUGCCAUGCAGGCCCCGGAAGAGGCCUGUGUCUCUGCUUGUCCUCAGCUUAGUUGGGUAAUGCUUGCCUUAAAUACCCAUCAUGCUGAGCACCCUCUGGCACUGCCCUUUUUCUGGAAAUGGAGUUCUUAGCCGCUCAGUCCUUCCAUCUCAUUUGCAACAGACAUCUGAAGAGUGAUGGGGCACGUGGGGCAGUGGCUGAGAGGAUUUCUGGGCUUUACCAGGCAGAGCCAGCAUGACAAAUUAAGUUCGUCCAUAGCACUUAAAGGCACUUGGCUGUCAGGAGAAUUUAGGGGAAUGUGGUCCAUGGGUGUUCCCUUGGGGUGUCUCAUGCCCUAAGCACAAUGAGUGGGACAAAACACCCCAAGCAGGGGAUUUCUGGGGUGAGAAACCUGCUGGUAGGAGAGGUGGUUCCUUUCCAAAAGGAUGUGCUCACUGUUGCUGCAGAUGUCCCUUGUUAAAGGGCCUGUAGACUAGAACAACCCUAUUUUUAUUUUUUCCUUGGAUUUUGGGUGGCUGUUUCCAGGUUGUCCAUUUUCACACUUCCCCCUGCUGAGUUCUUGCUCCUCCUGGAGUAAUUCAAACAAGUCAUAGCCUCAUGUGCCCUUUGCCAUCACCUGCUGUCUGACCUCAGGGGUUUCCAGCCUCGCUCCUGCCAACACGGUGCUCAAGCCAGGAGCUGGACAGAAGCCUGGGAAGAAGAUACAAGUUAAAAGCAGAAGAAGCUUCUCGCACCCUCAGCCAAGGCCAUGGUGGGGCUGCCCACUCCCACCUCUGGUGGGAUUUAAAAUCCUUGGCUCUGAGCCUGCUGUGUCAGCUCUAGGGACAAACCAGCUAAGUAAGGUCUAUUUAUGUGAAUGUUCCCAGCUCUUCCCACUCCACAAAUUCACCCAGAGACUGUCUUGAUUGUAUAAUAUGCAUUAUAUGGAAGCUAUUUAUAUAUGAAUGAAUGUUUUUAUAGAAAGGAAGGCAGGGAGCUCUUGUUCUUCUCCAUUAAAUUGGAAUGGCAGCUCCGGUUGCCCAAUAGCAAUCCCUGACCAACAGAGAUGUGUUAGCAAGGGACUGACUGAUUUCUGAUUUUAAUAAACUGUGGUUUGCUGAUUUUCCUAAUUGUACAAUUACCUUAAGAGGUGGUAGCAUCCUAGCCUUAGAGAUGAAACUUGUAAAAAUAAAAAAAAUAAAUGAUUCAGAUGAGAAGAUGAAGGAGCUUUGUAAAAUUUUUUAAGACAAUUGUGAAUUGUCUAGGUUAGGCAUUUACAACUCUUUAUAAAAAUAGGAACUUUUAAAGUUGGCAAAACUUUCUAGAUCAGCUAGUGAUGGGAGCUGUUAUUUUGGAUUUUCAUAGUGAAUCAAAGGGAAAGUUGCCAUAGUAUUUAGUCAGACCUAAGUGUUCAGUAUUGCUUCUUGUAUUGCAUUUUUCAAUAAAUCUUCAAACAAAA